AUGCCCAAGUUUAAACCAACAGCAAAAGACAAAGAAAUAAUAAACAAAGCCAAUAUUCGUGGCAAAAUUAAGGAUGUUAUUUAUUUUUUCCGUGACAAAAAAUACGCGAUAGUUAUUAAUAAAGUUGCUCGCUUAUACGCAAUUAGAUUAAUUAAUUAUGAAGAUGAUGGUGGAGACGGAGUGGAAAUGUUAGCAGUUAAAAGAUUUCCUGACUUGAUAGGGUUUUAUCUAACAAAGGAAGAAGUUGAGAAUAAAGUUACAAGUAUUAAAGAUAAUAAUGGCGGAGAAAUAGAUGAAUGCAAAUAUAAAUUUGAAACCCAUGAGGAAGAUAUAGAAAAUAAUGUAUUAAUAAUUGGAAGAACAGGAAGCGGCAAAUCUGCUUUGGCUAAUGUAAUCAGCAAAUCUGAUGAAUUUGGAGAAAGUGGAAGUUCAGUUAGCCAAACUAAAGACUUCCAAAUCAAAGAUUUUGAAUUGGAAGGGACAAAAUAUCGAGUGAUUGAUACUAUUGGAGUCGGUGAUACUAAUUUAUCACACGAUAAGGUCAUGUUGAAGUUGGCCGAGGCCAUUCACUCAAUGAAAAGAGGGAUAAACCAAGUACUUGUGGUAGUGAGAGGAAGAUUUACUGAGGAGGAAAGAGAACUUUUUGAAUUAACUGAGAAUAUUUUUGAAAAAAAAAUCAUUAAAAUCACGACCAUUGUGAGAAAUAGUUUUGAAUGCUUCGAUAACCCUGAAGAGUGUGAUAAAGAUAAAAGAGAUUUAUUAAAUGAAAAUAGAAAAAUUGCUAGUUUAAUUAAUCGUUGCAAUGGAAUCAUAUAUGUGAACAAUCCUCAAUUAAGCAAAAAUGAACAAAGACGAAAAAUUGAUCAAGAAGAUAGAGAAAAAUCAAGAAAAAUAUUACUGAAUCAUUUGAAAACUUCUUGUCAAGUAAGUUACAAAAUGGAGCAUUGGGAUGAGAUAUGCGUAGGAAUUAAUGAUUACAUGAAUGCAAAAAAUUGGAAAGAAGAAAAUGGGCCCACUACACAAAACUUAUUAACUGAUGCCUUAAUUAAAAGAGAAAUAAAGGAACUAAAACAAAACAUCGUUGGAGAAAUGAGAGCUCAGUCAAGUAAUACAGAAGGCGGAGAGAAACGAGGCAUUUAUUCUGAUUUCCACACAAUUCGGUUAGAUUUGCACUUCGCAAAUCCUAACAGCGACCACCGUGGUGAAUUAUUAAAACGGUUUAGUCAAGAUAAUUUGCCUACAAAGGCGGACGGAAUUGGAUACAACAGUUUUGCACUAAGACUAUUUGCAUAA